CAUGGCAGAAACAGUAAGAGAAAAUGACCGGUGUGGACCGCAUUUUCAUACAAAAAGAAUAAAAUACAGCCCAGAAGAGGAGGCCAAGCUCGAAAGGGAGCAUUUCUGGAGAAUAAUCGAUGCUUUUAGGUUUUACAGAGUCCAUGUCCAGGAGCAGGUCAAACGAGCUGAACUUCAGUUCUGGAGCCUUUCACAAAGGCACCGGGAUUUACUGCCAGGUGUUCUACCCAAACUGGGCCGUGUCAAAGAGUGCGCCAAACAUAAUCAGGAGGUUCUGGAGGCCAUCGUUCACAACAGCCUCCACAUGUUUGAGAAUGUGGAGUAUGGUGACAGGCAGGGGGAUCCAAGGAAGGCGCGUUCAUCAUCCACAUUUGACAUAGACAAACUGAAAUCCACCAUCAAGCAGUUUGUCAGAGACUGGAGUGAAGCGGGCCAGGCUGAGAGAGAAUCCUGCUACAAACCUAUAAUUCAAGAGAUACGGAGACUUUUCCCAAUUGACCAAUAUGAUGUGUCUAAGGUGAGCGUGCUGGUCCCGGGAGCUGGGCUUGGUCGUCUUGCCUGGGAGAUAGCUCAGCUGGGCUACACGUGUCAGGGCAACGAGUGCAGCUUCUUUAUGCUAUUCUCCUCAAACUUUGUCCUCAACAGGUGUGAAAAGGUGAACGCUCUGACCUUGUAUCCCUGGAUUCACCAGUUCAGCAACAACAAGAAGUCCAAUGACCAAACACGACCAAUCAGAUUCCCAGAUGUCAACCCCCAGAGCUUGCCUCCGAGCUCAGACUUCUCCAUGGUAGCAGGGGACUUUGUGGAAGUUUACAAUGACCCAGAGUCAUGGGACUGUGUGGCAACCUGCUUCUUCAUUGACACAGCUCAUAAUGUCUUAGAGUAUGUGGACACCAUCUGGAAGAUUCUUAAACCUGGAGGUGUAUGGAUCAACCUUGGUCCCCUUCUGUAUCACUUUGAGAACAUGGUCAAUGAGCUUUCUAUUGAACUUAGCUACGAAGACAUAAGGACAGCGAUAGUAAAGCUGGGCUUCCUCAUUGAGGUGGAGAAAGAGUCGAUGCAGACCACCUACACAGAAAACAACUGCUCUAUGCUGAGAUACGUCUACGACUGUGUCUUCUUUGUCGCACGAAAACCUGAAGAGCUGCAUUUUAACGGACAGGACAACGAGCGACAACAAAACUAUCCCCCAGCUGCCAGGCCAGCACAGCAAGAAUGCAGCAACCGCAUCUACGGUGAAGUAGCUCUCUUGGAAGUAGCAUAUAGGCCGUAA